GACGUGCCUGUAUCCAGCUUGACAACUCCAGAGAGCAUGGUUUCUCUGCAGGCAUCCUCCCCUGCCUGGCCCUCUAGCCCUACGGUGCUCCUCACCCCCAAGGAAGAGACCGAGAAGAUCAGUCCUGGGGUGGGAGGAGAGAGSCACACCAAYGGAGAGAGAACACCCAAACCUGAGGUGUUCUCUCCUGGUCUGAAUGACAGUUUCUCCCUACCUGGCGAAGGGUCCCUGGUCUCCAGCACUAAGAGGAACACAGGAGAGAAAGGAGGAGCUGCGUCCAUGAAGGAGAAUGUCUGUCAGGUGUGUGAGAGGACAGGUGAGCUGCUGCUUUGUGAGGGCCAGUGCUGUGGGGCGUUCCACCUGCAGUGUAUCGGCCUAUCAGAAACCCCUAGAGGGAAGUUCAUCUGUUGUGAAUGCACUAAAGGUGUCCACACAUGCUUUGUGUGUAAGAAGUCUGGCGACAGUGUGAAGAGGUGCAUGGUGCCUGUAUGUGGGAAGUUCUACCACAACAAGUGUAUCCUGAAACACACACCCACCCAGCCCCAGAAUAAAGGGGUUCGCUGCUCCCUCCACGUCUGUCUGCCCUGCCACAUCACCAACCCCCUCAACCCCUGCAGUUCCAAAAGUCGUCUGACCCGCUGCGUGCGCUGCCCUGUUGCGUACCACGCAAACGACUACUGCAUGGCGGCAGGCAGCAUUGCCCUGGCCAACAACAGCUUCCUGUGUCCAAACCACUUCACCCCCCGCAAGAACUACAAGAACCACGAACACAUCAACGUCAGCUGGUGCUUCGUCUGCUCAGAAGGGGGCAGUCUGCUGUGUUGCGAGGCCUGUCCUGCUGCCUUCCAUCAAGAGUGUCUGAACAUCGAGAUGCCCGAGGGGAGCUGGUUCUGCAACGACUGCAAGGCCGGGAAGAAACCACACUUCAAGGACAUCCUCUGGGUUAAAGUGGUAAGAUUCAGGUGGUGGCCUGCGGAGGUGUGUCUUCCUAAGAACAUCCCAGAGAAGAUCCUCCGUAUGAAACACGAGGUGGGGGAGUUCCCUGUUCAGUUCUUUGGUUCUAAGGACUACGCCUGGACAUAUCAGGCCAGAGUCUUCCCUUACAUGGAGGGAGAUGCCAACAACAAGGACAAGAUGGGGAAGGGUUGCGACGCCAUCUACAAGAAAGCUCUGAAUGAAACAGCUGAGCGGUUUAUAGCGCUUCAGGCUGAGAAGGAGAUGAGACAGCUUCAGGAGGACAGGAGGAAUGACAAGAAACCUCCUCCCUACAGACACAUAAAGGUACCGCCCCUUUAAACCUUCUCCCUACAGACACAUCAAGGUACCGCCCCUUUAAACCUUCUCCCUACAGACACAUCAAGG